AUGGCAUCCAGAAGUUCCAGUCAAUCACAACCAAUAAAGACACCUACACAAUCUAAUGAAACAGAUUUUGAUUUUCCAUUAAGUCCUAAUGAACCAGGAAAAUUUGAUUUCUAUCGUGUUCAUUUAAAUAACCAAGGUCAUAAACAUGAUUCAAUGUUUUCUGAUGAUUUUGAUGUAUAUAAUUCAUCAAUUGAAAUACCAAAACGUUGGACACCAUUGGCUCAUAUGAAGCAUUUAUCUGAUCAAGGAAAAACUUCUUCAGCAUCGGCUUUAUUUACUUCAACAUCAAAAUCAUCAACUGAUUCUGAUAUAUCUAAUAAAACACAAAAUAAACCAAUUCAAACAGUUGCAUCAUUUUCAUCAUUAGCUGAUGCUGUUAAAAAUGCUAUAAGCAGAGGACAUUUAAAUACUACUGCAGAUCAAUUUCGACGGCCAACAAGUGGAACAACUUUAUCAUCAAAAGACCUUAAUCAUUUAUCACCUCAAUCAAUGUAA